AUGUCACACGACAUCAGUAAACCAAGCUUCCCAGACGAAAAGAUCGAGACCAUCAAUGACACCCAUGGGUCCAACAUUGAUCCUAUCGCAGAGAAGAAACUGCUGCGUAAAUGCGAUGCCCGUGUCCUGCCGCCUCUAUUCGUUCUAUUCCUGCUAGCCUUUCUCGAUCGCACAAACAUUGGGCUUGUCGAGGAUCUUGACAUGACUGGUUCGAAAGCACAUAGGUACAAUGUAGCACUGUUCAUCUUCUUUGUACCUUACAUUCUUUUCGAAGUUCCAUCAAAUCUGGUACUGAAGAAGCUUGCGCCUUCGACGUGGCUCUCGCUCAUUAUGGUCUUGUGGGGCAUCUCAACCAUUGGCAUGGGAUUGGUAAACAACUACGAGGGCCUGUUAGCAAUGCGCGUCCUGCUUGGCUUGUUCGAAGCUGGACUGUUUCCUGGCUGUGUCUACCUCAUCUCCAUGUACUACAAGCGCUACGAGCUUCAAUGGCGUCUAACCCUGUUCUUCACGGCGAGCAUCAUCGCAGGGGCAUUCGGUGGACUACUCGCCUUCGCCAUCGCCAAAAUGGACGGCAUUGCAGGCUAUGGCGGCUGGCGCUGGAUCUUCAUCAUCGAGGGCAUCGUGACUGUUGCUUUCGGUCUCAUUACCAAGUUUUGGGUUACAGAUUGGCCAGAGACGGCGAAAUUCUUAAACGAGGACGAAAGAGCUCUCCUACUCGCGCGUCUGAGCUCUGAUACUGGCGACGCGGUUAUGCAUCGACUGGACAAGCGAGCUGCGAGGAGGAUCUUUUCGGAUCCCAAGAUCUAUUUGGGGACUGCCGCAUACUUUGGCUACGCAGGUUCAUUCUUCGUUCCCACAAUUGUUAAAGAACUUGGCUUCACUUCUUCUGCUGCUCAAGUCCGCUCUAUCCCAAUCUUUAUCGUUGCCACCGCAACCGCGAUCAUAACAGCCUACUUAACUGAUCGUCUGCGACAUCGCUACUGGUUCUGCAUCUUUGGUCUUGUGGUCGCAUCGAUUGGGUACAUCAUGCUCCUCGCCCAGCACAAUCUGUCACCAGGCGUAAAGUACUUCGCGCUCUUCCUGAUCGUGCCCGGUGGCUAUAUCACCCAACCAGUUUUUCUAGUCUGGAUGUCCAACCUCGUGUCAGGACAUUACAAGCGCUCUGUCAGUUCGGCCAUGCAAGUUGGCUUCGGGAAUCUCGGCGGCAUCGUGGCUAGUAACGUUUUCUUUGGGAGUGAAGCCCCACGGUAUCCGACGGGAUAUGGAGUCAGUCUAGGGAUGCUGUGGAUCUGCGGCGCCGCAUGUACGGGCAUGUACUUUCUUGUGAACUUUGAAAACAGGAAAAGGGAGAGAGGCGAGAGAGAUUCGAGACUGCAAGAGCCGGAUGCGGACAACCUAGGAGAUGACCAUCCACAUUUUAGGUUGACUACGUAG